CGGCGGCAACACAUGCCAGGCGUCGCACGCUGAUCUCCAUGGCCAAAUGCCGCAGCAGGCAGUACUCCACACUCCACGAUGAGGCGCCGGAGUCGCCGUCCCCGUCGCCAGCACCUACACCUACACAUACACCUACACCAGCACCCGUCCCAGCUGCAGUUCUCCCCACAACAUCCGUUGCAACAUCAGCCGCCGUCAAUGGUGCAACAGCCACGUCGCCACAACUUCAACAACAACAACAACAACAGAACUACUUACCUCAAACAUCUUUGCUGAAAAUCGAACCGUUCGUUCCUAGUUUUAAUCAACGACUUCGCCGGCGUCCUAUUGGUCGCUCCCAUAGCACCCUAAGCCACAAUGUCAUCCAGAAGCGGCAUCCAGUGCCCUCCACCGCCGCCGCCGCAGCAGCCCAAUACCAACAGCAGCAGCAGCAGCAGCAGCAACAGCAUCACCAUCAUCAACAGCAAGCGGAACAGCUCCAAGUGGGUCAUCCCCAGCAGCAGCAGCAACAGUUGAAGCGCAGCUAUGGGACCGCCGCUCAGCUGCGCAAUCAGCAGCGGAAUCUGCACCGUGGGGUGGGCAUCACCCGUCAACGCUCCAAGUCCACCUCCUCCUCGGCGGCCUCGAACAACUGCCGCCCGGCCACGUCCGCUGCCACGCCCAACACGCUGGUGGGCAGCACGGGAGGGACGCUGGUGAGCGGAGCAAUUGUCACGCCGCAGCCGAAUGGCAUCUGUCGGAUUCAGCGGCUGGCCAAGGAGCGCGAGGAACUGCCCGAUCGCAUCAACUACGAUCGCCGCGGCCUCACGGCCAUUCCCAUCUUCGAGCAGGAGCCCAAUCUCCGGCUGCUGUCGCUGCAGCACAAUCUAAUCAACACCUUCCACAUACCCAAGGAGCUGCCCCCGCCGCCACCGCCAGUACCUCCUCCUCCACCACCAGCAGUGUCCACGCCAAGGGAUGGUAACCACAACCACACCAACGGGAGUACCAAGGAGGGAUCCGAUCUGGGCGUGCACAAACGCCGCUCUGGCCUGCGGGGACAUCAGCAGGGACCACGCUUGACGCGGGCCAUGACCAAUGCCGGGAAUCCGCAGAACCAUCAUCUGUCGCCCAAGUCAGGCGGAAGUCCGAAUUCGGGCAGUCCUCUGACCACCCAAGCCCUGGCCAUCAACGGAGGAGGAGCCGGACGCUCGAAGCUGCCCAAGCGAGGCUACAACUAUGGGCAGGCGCAGCUCACGCCACCGCCUGCUCUGAGAAUGCGCUAUGGCAUGGAGAAGUCCAAGAGCUUCAUGUCCAGCAGCCUGCAGGCGAUGAAGCACCAACAGCAGCUCAUGCAGCGAAGGGCCAUGUUGAAGGCCACAGGAGGCGGAGGCGGAGCGUUGGCUGGGAGCAUCCUGCAGAGCUGCGACGAGAGCAGCGCCCUGAAUGGCAGCACUCUCUCGCUGUGUGGGGGACUGGGCGAAGAGGAGGAGCCCAGUGCUGCCUCCAGCUGCCCGCUGGAGCAGCUAAGCAUCAAGAACAAGCAGCUGAGUCUCAGUGCCAGCUACGGCAGCAUCUUCCAGCAGUUGGUCUUCCUCGAUCUCUACGACAACCAAAUCGAGCGGAUAGCCAACCUGGACGGACUCCCAGUGCUCUCAGUGCUGCUGUUGGGCAAGAACCGCAUCACGGACAUUGGCGGACUGGCCUCGCUGAAGGACUCGCUCCGCGUGCUGGACCUGCACGGCAACAAGCUGACGACGCUGGGCAGCCGCAUCAACUGUCUACAGCAGCUGAAGUCCCUUAAUCUCGCGGGGAAUCAGAUCCGUCAGAUCAACCAGCAGGACUUCCUGGGCCUCCGCUGCCUGCGGGAGCUGAACCUCAAGCGGAACAAGCUGCGGCGCAUCAAUGGCUUCCAGCAUUUGGUGGCUCUGGAGCGCCUGUGGCUGUGCCACAACGAGCUGCACAAAGUGGACGAUAUGGCGAGCAUAGCACGCGCCUCGCGACUCCUCGAGGUAACGAUCGAGAACAAUCCCGUGUCCCUGGCCGGCGACUGUGUGUCCUUCCUGGUGUCAUAUCUGCCCCUGCUGCAGUCCCUCAGCCAGAUGCCCAUCACAGAGCAGGUGCGUCGCGCGGCGCUCGCCUGGCGCCAGCACAAGGAGCAGGCCCAGUCGACGCACGGCAGCUCGGAGGCGUACCACACCAUCCGCCGGGAGGAGGUGAUUUCGAAUGCGCGCACCAACUGGGAGCUGCUCCGAUCCCAGCAGACCAUGGGUCGCCCCAAGAGCCGCCUCACCAGCGAGCUGGCCAAGAUCAACGAGUCCAACGAGGGCACUGCCAACGAGGAGCCGGAAACAGAGUCCGAGGAGUCACAGCAGCAGCAGCCCAAGGAGCUGUUGGACGAGCUGCAGGCGCUGACCAAACUGCCGCCCAUUUCUAAGAAACUGCCAGAGGAGGAUGGCGUCUCAUCUGAGGCCUCCAGCCUGGGACCCAACGUGGACUCUUGCUCCAGCUGCUACAGCACCGACAACGAGGAGGGAGGAGCAGGCAGGAACAAGCCCACGACACCGCAGAUCGAUGAGAACUGCAACAGGGUGGUGGGGGGAGGAGUCGAUGCCACCUGCUCUUCGCCUGCCCCUCCGACACAAGACGGAGCAAAGACUGCGACGACUCUUGCAGCCGCCACGCCUUCGCCUUCACCACCAGCUCUCACCCUGACGCCCCCCGCUGCCCAUGGCACUUCUGUGCCGUGCUGCACGCCCAAUCCGCCGCCGCCAUCGACCACGGCCACGCUGCCCGUGCCCCCAUCCACCGCCACAGGGAGCUCCAGCGGCAGCCGUCCGGCCAGCAGUAAGCAGCGUCCCCGCCACGCGCCCAUCACACAGCUGGGUCUACAGAUAAAUCGCGGCGGAGCCUCCAAGCGGUACAUGGCAGGGAGUUUGGUGAGGGCUCAGACCGUGAGCAGCAGCACGAGCAACAGCAGCAGCUCCAACAGCACAGGUCGCGCCAAAGUCACUCCUAAUGCGCUCUCUGUGGUGCCGUCCCAGAGCAAGGCGUCGACGCCGACAAGCGGGAGUGCUGGAGGGCGGGAGUCAGCGACAGCGGCGGCGACAGGCGGAGGACCCGCAGCUGGAGGAGGAGCCACACCUGCAGCAGCCAUCACCGUGUCGAAGCCGAGUGCAGCGGAGCGAGAGAGGGAGCAGGGAGGCGACUACCUCAUCGAGAUCUGCGGCCGAUACCUGAACAUCUACGGCCAGGGAGCGCUGCGGUUCAUCGACAAGCAGUGGAACCCGGCCAAGGCCAACGACGUGCAUACCCUCAACUUCAGCUACAUCAACUUCAACAGCAUCGUAUCUGUUCUGGGCAGGAUCAAGUUGCGCUUCCCCCACGCCGAGCACUUUGUCUUCCGGGAAACGAACAUCAGUUGUCUCGGCCAGCUGAACGGGCUGGCGGAGCUGCAGGGACUGGGCAGCCUGCUCAUCGAUGCGGAGGGCAACGGCAUAACCGCGAAGGCGUCCUGGAGAGCGUACGCCAUCUACAGACUGUCCCACUGGGGCCUGAAGCAACUGAACGGCCAGGAGGUGACCGAAGCAGAGGUGGAGGCAGCCAAUGCCAUGUAUGCAGGACUCUCGGAUCUCGUUCUCUGGUCCAUGCCCGAGGUGAUGCUCCAGCCGCUGCUGGCCCGCCUCCGCCUGGACGAGACGUGCACGGCCAGCAAGCUGUCGCCUAAGGAGUGGCUCCUGCGGCCAGACAAUAAAUCCCUGCGCCUCGUCGUGGGCAAGGAGGCCCUGCAGUGGAAGAAGAAUGCUGCAACUGCGGCCCCUGCUAGUGCAGCACCAACGACAGCGGCAGGGGCCAGUGAGGGUGGCGCGAAUGCAAUGGCGCCCAGUGCCAGGGAUCGGGGAAGGCAGCACUUUGCCCUGCUGCUGGAGAACACCUGCAAUGCGGUGGAGAAGCUGCACAAGCUGGAGACGCUCUGGCCGAGCAUGCUGCUGGACAUUGUGCGCAAUACGCUGCUGGACUACGCCCAGCUGGACGUCUACCUGCGGAAUCUCAUGUGCGAGCUGAUGAAGUGAUGGAGGUCCCUGUCCUCCUGGCAGGAAGGAGA